UGAAGCCUUCAUAUUUCAAAUCAAACCAACUCCAAACUCAAUAUUGUUAUUAUUGAGAAUUAAAACCAACAUUUGACUACAGUCAAAAUAUUAAAACAAUUGAUUUUAACACAGUUGAUCGAUAAUAUAAUCGUUUCAUCGAGAAAAAUGUUUCGUUCAAUUAUACUUUUAGCCUGUUUGGCUUCAAAUUUUGCAAGUGAUGUUGAAUAUAAAUCGGAGUUUAAUCAAUCCGAGGUAAUAUUAAAUGCCGUUAAUUAUACCGAUGGAAAUAACGAUAUAAAGUUGCUCAAUGUUUCAACUGUUCUUGUCACUGGUGCGAACCGAGGAAUUGGUCUAGAAUUCAUUCGUCAACUAGCUUUACUUGAACCUAAAAUCUCGCACAUUAUUGCCACUUGUCGAGACCCAGAUACUGCUGAGGAAUUGAAAUCAAGCCAAAGCCAACAAUAAUGUUCAUAUAUUGAAACUGGAUGUAACUGAUUACAAUUCUUUUGACGCCUUCUAUGCUGAAGUUGAAAAAAUUGUUGGUGAAUCAGGUUUGGACAUAUUGAUAAACAAUGCUGGAAUAUUGAUUCGUACAUCUGUUGAUGAAGUAA